AUGUCCUCUGUUGAAAGUCAGGUCGACAGCGCUCAGCGCAUGUACACUGAGCGCGCCCAGAAUUAUGAAGACUCAUGGCAUCCUGACUAUAGCAGGCGCUUCAUGGAACUUGUUCCCGUUCAUUCCGGCGAUUAUGUCCUCGAUCUUGCAUGCGGAACUGGCCUAGAAGCUGUCAUUGCAGCAGGCCAAGUUGGUGAUGAGGGAAUUGUGAUUGGCGUUGAUAUCACCGAAGCAAUGCUUGCAGAGGCACGCAAGAAACUGGAUCAGAAUGAGAUUCUGGCUCGUCGCAUCAAGCUUGUUCAGCACAACGUCACCAACCUGUCCGGUUGUCCUCAUGUAACCAAGAGUAGCUUCGAUCUUAUCCUGUGCUCGAGUGCAUUUGUUCUCUUUGACGACCCAUACAAGGUUGUUUCCCAUUGGCGUGAAUAUCUGAAGCCUGGGGGAAAGGUAACUAUUGAUAUUACCCAUGAGUAUAACCUCCGUGCGGGAAUUUUACUCGAGAACGUCGCUCGGCGAAUGGGCAUGUCAUUUCCAUCGAAUCGAAGCUGGAUCAAGUCGAAAGAUUCAUUUAGUGAUAUACUGAAGAGUCGGGGAUUCGUUGUCGAGAAAGUCGAGAGCUUGGAGAAGGUUCCCGGUCUAGGCUCAACAUUUCUCAGUCUGGAUCAAGCUGACGAGCAGUUUGAGUUUGUCCUCAACGGACCUCUUACUGCCUCCAUCAUCACGGAUGAGUUGAGAUAUAAGGGAAAAGAGUACUUCAGAGAAGAAUGGAAAAACGCUGCAGUAGAUGGAAAGGUUGAGGUUUCUGAUACCGUCUACGUCUAUGUCGCCAGAAAGGCUUAA